CUUAUUUUACAGUUCACGAAAACGAAGACUAAUCUUUCCAUUUUAACUCAAAAAUACACUUCAACUGGAAUAUCCAACUGUUGCGUUUCGGUAGACGCCUGUUACCCGAAAAUUUCAGCAUGCAAUCCUACUUAAACUAUUAUUUCAAAAUAUCACUAAACGCUGAUAGCUGAUAGUCGAUCUCAAAUAAUUUCUCCCAAUUACAAAACUCAUACAGCGUGAAAAAUCUCAUCUAUAAAAGCCAACGUUUUGUUGGGAUUACGAAAGUCCACUUCGCUCAUCACAAUGACCAACCAGAAUCAUUUCGGCAGUUUCGUGCUUCUGCUAUUCUCGCUUACAUUGCUGGACGCCACGGACAUUCUCAUUCGUGAGGUAGGCUGCAACAGCAACGCCGACUAUGUGAAGGUCUUCAUCAAGAUCCAUAACGGAACCGAUAAGGUGCGUAGUUCCGCGGUUGAUAUAGACGCAACAGUGUUUCAGGAUGUUCCCGAUAACGUGCUGGUAAGUUUAGAUCUAGCGUCGAAAAUGGGCAACGAAUAUCGAACCCUACUCAGCUCAACCGUGGAUAUGUGCAGCUUGAACGUAUCGAAAUCGAAUGAUCCAUUGAUGCGAUUGUUAGUUUCUGAAAUGAACAAGUACGGCAAUUUGACCGUGGACUGUCCACUUCACUCGGGCAAUUAUGUAGUGCGCAAUUUCCGCAUCAAUCGUGAGAACUUGCUGAUAAAAAUGGCGCCACCUGGCCAGUAUCGCGUGGGCAUCGACGUGAAACAUAAAAAGGUUCCAAGCAAUCCCGCGAUUCCGAUCUUUGAUAUUGAGUUUUAUGCCGAUUUAAUUGCUAAUAAAUAAUAAUUAUAUUUUUGAGUUGUUUCAACAAUGUUUUGAAAUAAUUGUCAUAGAUGUGAAAUAUUUUUUUUAAU